AUGGCGUCGUUCUUCUCCAUUGCCAAAGUUUUCGCCGUCGUGCUUAUCUUUUCAUUGUCAUCAAGAGAUGUAGGGGCAUUCAAUACAAAUGAUCCAAAAGGGAACAUCACAGUGAGGUGUGAGAUCAUAUAUACCAAAGACGGUUAUCUGGUCCGAGUUACAACAUUGAACUUUGAGAGGUACAGAACUUUUGAACCUCAUGGCUGGAAGCUUGGUUGGACAUGGAAAGGCAAUGACCAGAUUUUUCAUUUGGAAGGGGCAAAAGUAAUCUAUCAGGGUGAGCGUUUGCUCCGCAAAACUGCACAAUCUAUGUCUUGCAGUAGAUCACCAACUGUGGUGGACUGCUGCAAUGGAGGGAUGUUAACGUCUAGGAUUCAAGACCCAACUGGUGCUACGUCAUCUUUUAAAAUGCAAGUUGGGAAAGCUAGGCAGAUAACCAAAUUAGUCAACAUUCUGAUAAAGUCCCAUGGAGCAUAA